UGUGUUUAAAAAAGACCAAGUGCACUUUGUGGAUAUGUUUAUUGUACUUGUUCAAAUGCACUGAACAUGAGAUAGCAGGACAAGCUACAAAGGAACCUUUGUUUAAGAAAAAACAUUUAGUGAGUGUAAUUCAUAAAGCCCUCCUCUUCUAGAGCCUUCUUCUAGGAAGAAGCACAUACUGAAAGAGGAGACCCAAUGUAUUUCUAGGCUUCUGGUUCUCUUGAAUAACUAUUAGUGCGGUCUGGGGAAGGAGAUAAAGUAGCAAUAGUAUCGAGUUGCUUUAGAGUUUAAAAAAAAAAAAAGUGCUUUUAAUUUAAUUGAAAGGGUGUUUGUAACUGUUAAUUGAAUGUAUAUUAGCACUGUUAAUGAGUUUAAUGCUAUCAGUGAUAGGGCGGGGGAAACCCCUGUGUGUAUACAUACACAUGUAGUUACCAAGCAGUGUGUUCUAUAGGCCAGAUCUUAAGUUACCACUGCCAAGUUGUGUCUGUCCUUUCCUGUGGAGUAGAAUUCAUGGUGUGAUCAUGGUUAAACAUUUUCAGAAGCAAAUGCUGACUUCCCCUGUUCCUUUUAGGACAUCAUACUUACAUGAUCUCUACCAAGUCUUUAAUCUGUGUCUUUUCCUGAAAAUCAUCAUGAGCCAGUAACUUGAGACUUUCAACAUAGGGUCAUUACUAAAAAGUUGAUGUAGAAACAGGGAUUUGAUAGCAAAAGGAACUUUAUACUAGAAAUCUAUAUUAAAAAAUGAACAACAUAUAUUUGAUGUAUCAAUUUGUUGUGCUGAUCUUAAGUUCUCUUUAGGUGUUUGAUGAUUGACUGCAGACUUGAUGCUGCAGUUUCAUUUUAUUUAGAACCAACUUCUAAGGCAGCAGGAGGAUUUUCCAAGAUUCCUGUUUCAUGAACCCCAUCCAGCACUGAUGUUCAGUGGUCACAGUCAGCACACAGUGACCAGAGCACGGCCAUACUGGCAUUCCAUCACUCAGCAGCCAUUACCUUUAUCUAAUCUCUUCAGUACUCUUCGAUAUCCAGAGCAUAGAUGGACAUUCUGUCUCAUGACGUAGUGCAGCCAGAAAUAGAAAACACAAGCAGAUUAAACUCAAAAUAAAUAUAAAACUUUUUUGCCUUUAAGUCCUGAAUGAGCGGGAGAAUGUGCCAUGUCACUUUUUACAUUUGGCCUGUCAUUUACUCAGAUUGUUACAGUAGAAGUAUUGGCUCCCAUUUUAAGUGGCUGUUUUAAAUAACUGACUUUUUGAAGUUAGGGAAGCAGUCAAACUGUGAAAAAUUUCAGCAUUUUGGUUUGUAAAACUAAAGGAAGGAAAUCUACUUAGCAAAUACCUGGAUGCUUUUUGCAUAUGAGUUAGAAGGAGGUUUGUAAAAUUCAUGCUCACUAGGAUAUAUAUAAACCCUGUUUACAUGUACAUCAUAGGUGUUCUCAAAAUUCUUUUCCUUUCAUCAUCCCCUGAGGCCCGGCUUUAAGCUUUUGUGUCCCUUUGGGUGUUUAACAAUUACAGGCCUGCAGGACUGCAUACAGUCUGUUUAAAUGCAAUCAGAAACCUCCUUUGAAGUGUAACAGUAUGUAUGUUAAAUUGUUUUGUUUAGAAACUCUGCUUUUAAGUUUUUAUCGUGAUGAAUUUUUCACACUAUUUAUUUGUCCCAAGCAGAGUGCUGUGGCUAGUUGUAAACUGCUGUCAUUAACUUGUGUGACAGCAUUUUAGAACUCAGGAUCCUUGCUGCAUAUUUUGUUUGGUAGCUAACAUCUUAAAGAUAUUUAAUCUAAUUUGUGUAUUUUUUAACACAGUAAUUUUUUUGCUGGCACAAAUAUGAGGGAACGUAAAUCCUAUGUAUGGAUUUUAAUAUGAAAAAGCACAACAUUAAUAUAUAGCUGGAAUUGACUGUACUUUUUAGUAAUAAGAUCUUUUUAAACAUGAAUAGUAUCAAUUUAUGAAGGUUCAUGUCAUCACUGUCUCUUUAGAAGCCUCAUUGUCCUCAAUCAUGAAAACUAUUUUUAAUUGAUCUUAUAUGUGUUAAAAUAUAUGAGAGAAUACUGAAAUUAAACUUAUAUCAAUCUGACAGUAAUAUAAAUUGAGAAACUUGGAAGGCUACCAACAUUUGCUGUAAAGAAAAUGACAAAACUUCACACAAAGACAAUGUAUGCAAGUUUGUGUUUGUAUUUAGGUGCAUAUCUUGCUACCAAAUAAAGUCAAUGAAGGAUGUUCUGAUGUUCUGGUAAGAGGUAGGAAUUAGUGUUGGUGAUACAAAUUGCUCCUUUUUAUUUUGAUACUACCUUUUACAUGUUUUCAGAGAUACAGCCUUUCAGCAUGAGUGCAUUCAGAGCCUAGGAAGCCAGGCCAAAUUAUUACUUCCAGAAGAUGCUACUGCAGCUUGUUUUUAAACAUCUUUUCAUUAUUAACGUUCUAAGAUCUACUAAUGGAAGCAUCUGUUCAUUGUGUAGACCUGCUGGGACCAGGGCAAACUUCUUAAUCUCUUUAUUUGGUCUCAUGGUUUUCCUAAAACUUUUGACAUAGUUUGUUCUUUUAUGUUCUCUGAAUCGUUGUUGCUUCCUUGGGCUCCUGUAUUGCUUACAAAACUUCUCUGGAUCUGGGGAGUUAGGUGAAGAAAUGUCAAGGGCCAUGAAUUUAAGAGGUGCCAGUUUAGAAUUUGGAAGAGGAAAGGUUCUAGAAGUCCUGAAAAAGCUCAGUAUUAUUUGAGAGUAGAAGAUGAAUUAGAUUGUAGUGUGCUGUUGUUGUGUUCAUAGUGAAGGCUCAGAGUAUUAAUAUUUCCAUUUUUGUUUAUAAAUGGUUCACAAAUCUUGAACUUCAGGAGAAGGGAGAAUUUCCUCUGUGUUAUAGCCUAUUGAGAGGGCUAACAAUUUUUUACAAUUUUUAGAAAAUUUUUAGAAAACUGAUCCCCUCCUCACCCCUUUGUCCUAUGAACUGUGGCGGCUUCUCUCCUAGGACUUUUGAAUUAUCGGAGGUGAACAUAACAGCUCUAGGCAUUAGUUACUUUUAGUAUAGUCUUUUGUUAAGUAUUUUCUUUGGAAACAUGAAUUUUUUCAUGAUUUUAACUUGUUUAACUUUUUGUCCUUGUCUUGUCCUAUUGAUAUGCUCUUGGGGUUUACUGUCCAUUUCUCCUUCUGUGCAUUAUGGGAGAGAGACUGCUUUUCUUCUCAAUCUAUCCACAUUAAGGCAUCUGAAUGCAUGAAUAGGCUGUUCAUACAGGUAUGCGGGCAUAUAUUUAUAAUAAGAAUUCUGUUAUUGGCUCUCAGGCAGAGCAUUCAGGGAUGCGGACAUACUACUUCAGUGCAGAUACCCAAGAGGAUAUGAAUGGCUGGAUCCGGGCUAUGAAUCAAGCUGCUCUUAUGCAAACACGCUCUUCACUGAAGAGAGAAACUGAGAAAGUGGAUCAGCAAGCUGUUCCCCAAGUCAAUCAUGUGGAUGCCUGUAAAGAGUGUGUGAGGACAGAGAUUACAGAUACAAAAGAAAGUCAUCAAAAAUCAGCUGAAAUGCUUGGAUAUGAUAAGCGUGAAGAGAUCAGAAGAGAAAAAGAGGAGGAGGAGCGUUAUAUCCACAGAAAAGAAACUCUGGAAACUAAGAAGGGAAAGGCUAAGCAUGCGUUAACAGAAGCUGAUUCAUUAUUUCCAGACUUAACGAAUGCAUCGAGGUCCCAAGUAGCUCAGCCUCAGCCAGCUGAGAAAAAUGGAACACUUCCUAGUUCAUUAAGUAUGAGUGCUGGCCUGGUGGAGCAGAAUGGUACCAGCUCGUAUAAAAGAGGGUUUGUUCCCAGAACAAAUCCAGAUAAACAGGUUCAAAGAAAAAGUAACAUGGCUCAAGUGGAGCACUGGGUGAAAGUCCAAAAAGGAGAUACAAAAAGCCUCACUUCUGAUCAGACUCUUACACGUCAGGGUCCCAAUCUACCUUUUCCUGAAAACUAUCACACUUUGCCAAAGAAUACCAGGCAGCCUUCAGGGAGCUCACCACCACCACCAAACCGCAAUUUGCCAAGUGACUACAAAUAUGCACAAGAUCGUGUUAGCCACUUGAAGAUGUCCCAGGAGGAAAGGAAAGCAAAUAAGGAUGGAACUGUUUGGCAGCUGUAUGAGUGGCAGCAGAGACAGCAAUUUAAACAUGGCAGCCCUACUGCCCCACUUUAUGUAGGUUCUUCAGACUUUAUUGAUCGUGGUAAGUCGAAAAGUUCAUUAGACGUUCCACGGUCAAUAUCUGUUCCACCCUCUCCAUCUGAUAUUCCUCCACCUGGACCUCCAAAAAGCUUUCCCCCAAGGAGACCACAUACUCCUGCAGAGAGGCUUACAGUUAAACCAUCUGACGAGAGACAAACUGUAGAUGUUCCUUUGGCUGGAUCACCCAGGAAGAUACGAAAUCAUGCUGUAAAGAGCUCAACUCACAUCGAUCGACGCUCUAUGCCUGCUAUGGGCUACAUGACGCAUACUGUGAGUGCACCCAGUUUGCAUGGCAAGUCGGCGGAUGACACUUAUAUCCAGUUGAAAAAGGAUUUGGAGUAUUUGGAUCUAAAGGUGACAGGACGUGACACGUUAAAAGAACGAAGUACAAAACCUGUCAAGAUUGCAGAAAGUGAUACUGAUGUCAAGCUAAGCAUUUUCUGUGAGCAGGACAGAAUUCUGCAGGAUUUGGAGGACAAAAUAAGAGCCCUUAAGGAAAAUAAAGACCAGCUGGAGUCUGUUUUAGAGGUUUUACACAGGCAGAUGGAGCAAUACAAAGACCAACCACAACAUGUAGAAAAAAUUUCUUAUCAGCAGAGACUUUUGCAAGAGGAUCUCAUACAUAUUCGGGCUGAAAUAUCCAAAGUUUCAACAGAAAUGGAAAAUGCCUGGAAUGAAUAUCUGAAAUUAGAAAAGGAUGUGAGCCAGCUGAAAAAAGCCUUACAGGAACAGAUGAAUAGUUCAUUGGUAUCUCAGGAGAAAACGCAAAUACAGAAAGACUUGUGGAGAAUUGAAGACGUUACAGCUGGUUUGAGUGCAAAUAAAACGAACUACAAAACCAUAGUAGACUCUAUCAAGAAUCCAGAGAGAAAAAUAGUGCCUUCAUUUUCUCAGUCUCCAGUGCCUUCCUUACCAGCUUCCCUCACAACUGCGGAGGGCAAACUUUCAGUACCACAAAGCCCUCCUCCCAGUCCGGUUAAAUCCCCUCUGGAGGUUAGGCUGUAUCCACAGCCUUAUUUCCAGGCCAGACUGCAGCACCAAGCACAGCAGCUGAAAAAAAUCGAGCCACCUCUUCAGUCGCCCAUUAAGCUCAAGCCAAAGGUUGAAGAUGAAGCACCGCCCAGACCUCCUCUCCCUCAGUUGUACAGUCCUGAUGAUCAGCCACCAGCCGUCCCACCUCUCCCGAGAGAAGCCACUGUCAUCAGACACACAUCAGUGCGGGGCCUGAAACGGCAGUCAGAUGAAAGAAAGAGAGACAGAGAAUUUGGACAGUAUGUGAAUGGAGAUUAUAGGGUGGAACUGCGCUCAUACAUGAGUGAACCAGAACUAGCAACAAUAGGUGGUGACCUCAGCCAACCUUCCAGUGGUUUAAUAAGCUCUGACAGUGGGUACCAGACAUUACCUACCCGUGGUUUAUCUGGAUCAACUUCCAGGUUGCACCAAUCAUCUACCAUUUCAUCAUAUGCAACACUACGAAGGGAUAGGUCCAAGGAGAGACCAAAGAGUGCCUUGGAACGUUUAUACUCUGGAGACCACCAGAGAGGCAAGAUGAGUGCAGAGGAGCAACUAGAACGAAUGAAGCGACAUCAGAAGGCAUUAGUUCGUGAACGCAAGAGAACUCUUAGCCAAGGAGAAAGGCAGUCUGUUUCAUCUCGGUCUUUCAUCAGGCCCAUUUCUGCAGACAUAGGCUCAUGGAAGCGAGAGCAAGAAUUUGAUUUGCAGUUACUUGAGAGGGCAAUUCGUGGAGAAGACAAGGAUGAAAAUGAAUGGUUAAAAGUUCAGCCGGUAGCAGUGACAGAGACAGACCUGGAGCCUCAAGACUAUGAUUUAGACAUCAGCAGAGAGCUAUCAAAACCUGAGAAGGUUGCAAUACCCGAACGCUAUGUUGAACUGGAGCCAGAAGAGCCUCUUUCUACAGAAGAACUGGCAGCAAGGCAGCGUAAAGCAGAAAAGAUCAAGAAUAUUCUUACUAAAUCAAGUAUGCACAAUCUACAGCCUACUGUUGCCCAGGACAAACACAACUCAGUUGAUUUAGAUUCACAGCUGCAAGAGCAGGAGCGCAUCAUUACCAUAUCAUACGCUUUGGCUUCUGAAGCCUCUCAGAGGAGCAAGGAGGUAGCAGCCAAAGCAGUAAGUGAACACUGACAUAAGACUCAAAGCAAAUCCCACCUAGUGAUGCCGCGUGGAAGAAAGAGGAGAUUCAUUACCGGCUUUCUGUGAAGACACUCAUCACCUGAUGACAUGUUCUUCUGGAAAUACCUUCAGAGAAUAAUAGGGGGAUUUUCUAUGAAAAUGAAGAGAAUUGAAAAUCAUUUUAUUUUUACUUCAGUUUAGUUCAGAUUUUUUAUAUGAAUAAAUGGCACUUUUAAUAAACUCUGUAAAAUACUGACAAUGUAUUUUUAGGACAAUAUGGUUUAGAUUUUUUUUUUUUUAAUCAAGGGCUGAAUUCAUUUUGAGAGAAGCUACUUGCAUAGAUCUUAAAAGAUGCUCUUACUUCCCCCUCAGGCUCAGAUGCACAAUGUAAAGUUUCAUGAAAAAAAUGUAAAUUUGAACAAACCUAGAAGCACAUUCAUAGGGUAUGAGUAGAGCUAAUGCAAGAGAGAGGUUUGCCGAAAGGGUGUUUUGGAUUGAGUAUGAUUGUAGAGUUACUCACCCACCCUCUUGCCCAUUAAAUAAUACGCUGAAAGGAACUUUUAGCUUGAAUUUCUAAAUAUCAGUAACCACUGUAUAGCUGAAACUUUCCAUGAAAGCCAUAAUGAAAGCCAGUUUUAACUCCUGUUUCCUUUUUUAAUCCCAUGUGAUUAACUUGCUGGUAUCAGUUCACCGUAAACUAAGUUGCUCUUGACCGUAGUGCUGUCCCCUCAGCAACAGCUAACAAAUCAUACUUUUUUGAAAGUUGAGAUGUGGAAGAAGAAAACUUCUAACUAAAAUAUGUGAACUAAGCAAUAAAAAAAAUAUAAUAGGGUAUGUCAUUUUACUAGUAAAUAUGUAUUUUUCUUUUGAUUUUUUUCCAAUAAACUUUACAAUAUGAUAUAUUGACUAGUAUUUAUCCUGGAGACAGCAAAACUAAUGUGGCACCUGCUAAUUUCAUAUGUGUAUUCACCUGGUGCUUAACUUUGCCAAACUUAGAGAAAUUCAGUGUUUUACUCAUGUAUAGGGCAAAGGGUGAGGUACUUAAAUAAGGAGAAAAUAAGAUUAAAUGAAUUGCUGCAACUACUUUACUUGAAAAAAAACCUGUGUAUGCAUUGAAUACAAGACAUGCAAAAGUGUCCCUUUAUGUAAUUAUUGGCUGAGUUCAGCUCUGGAUGAGAAAUGACUGAGAAAUACUUCCGCAGUAUUUUGUGAAACCACUAACUUGUUCAUUUGCUGUAUUCAAAUAAUAGCUGUAAAAACCCUUGAAAUUGACCUUCAAGUUUCAGACUUUAAGACAAAUCAUAUUAUAUUAACACUAUACUCAGAAAUAUUCUUGAAAGUAUAUAUUUAGCUAAUGCAAUCUAUUUUACCUCAAUACUGCCAGUAUCAACUUAAAAACCUUUUGCCAAAAUAAUGAUUUAUUUUUGCCUUUAUAAAAAGUUUUGAAAGCAUAAAUGAAUAUUUUGCAAGAAAACAUUAAUUUAAAUAAAAUGUAACAG